AUAGCAAAUUUCAUGACUCUAGUCUCUCUCUAUAUAUAAGUUUCUCCAUUUAACUCCAUAAACCAUCUCUCUAUAUCUUUAUCUCAGCAAAAACCUCUCGCCAAUGGAUCCUCAUCCGAUCAUCACUUCCGCCUCCACCGUAUUACGGUGGCCAUCAACUCGCCGGAAGGUCUCCCUCCGCCGGCGUAAGCCACAAGUCGUACGCCUAGGCCGGAAAAACAGUACGCCACGUGGUAGGUUCACGCUCAAGAGGAUGGUGACAAGGAUGAGGUUCAAGUGGCUGAGACUGUAUUAUGUGAGGCUCGUGAAGAAUAUCAAAGGGUAUUAUUGUAAUUUGGUGAAGGAGUUUGCUGACGCCGGAGCCUCCACCAUUCAGCAGCGGAUGACGAUGGAAACGGCAGCUUUUGCCGCUCCUGGCUUAGGCCUCUCUUUCUAUCCCAUGUCAAACCAAGAUCGACCUCGUUUUUUUCUUGUGUAGCUAACUUGACCAGUUUCGAAUUAUUUACCUUUUGUAAUUUCUUUUUUGUUUGUUUUGGUUAUAAAAUGUCUCAUUAUGCUACU